UUCAGGAAAUACAUUUUGAAGCAACCCCGGUCAAAGAGGAAGAGGUCUGAUAUGUUGCAAGGAGCAACGUGUGGGUGUUUUCAGCAGGAUGCCCUUUGGUCCUCAGCUGCAGCCUGGCUGGUAGUGGCAUCAGUCAUACAGCCAUACUGUAAAGGAGCUGUGAGCAAACUGGUCUAGAGGAAGGUGUCCCUGCCCAUUGCAGAGGGGUUGGAACUAGAUGAUCUUCAGGUCUUUUCCAACCCAAACUAUGAUGUGAUUCUAAAUAAUUUCUCAGGUCAGAAGAAGCAAACACAUGUAGCCAAUGUAGUACACUGCCCUGCACCUCCAGUUGGGACAGAAGAGUUGCAACAGCAGAUGCUUGAGCAGAUAUGAAAGCAUUGCUAAAGAAACGGACCAAGGAUCCGAUUCCAAUUUUGGGGAAACUGAGGCUUUCACAUCUGCUUUGAAGUCACACUAAAACGAUGAGCAUGACUGUGCUGCACAUCUGCCUGUCUGCACGGGGCAGACCAUUUCAACUUCCUUUUCAGAGACGCUGCAAGGAGCAGGCCAAGAGAGCUACGUGUUUACCAAAGCAUCGUCGGGUGAGGAUGGGAAAAAGGUGCCUCUUCUCCCUCCUUUGUUUGCUCUUGGUGGCCAGCAGUGCAGGCCAGCCUGAAGAUGUCAUUACAGAAACAGAAGUAGUCCAGGCUUUGCCAGGUACCGACGUGACCCUGGUAUGCGGCUUCCCAAAACCACAUGCCACCUACAUCAUACAGACACAGUGGUCCAAGACUGAUGACACACAGCUUACCAGAAUAGCUGUUUAUCACCCUGUUUAUGGCACCCACUACUUCACCUUUCCUGAGGCUUCUUACAACUUUUCGGUGUCCUUCAGCACGGGGAGCUGCUGCAGCUGGGAUGAGACAGAGGCUUUGUGUUCCCCUGAUCCAAAUGCCAAGUCCGAAUGCAGUCGGUGGGCUCUGCAUCUGAAAAACAUUACCAUUUCCCUUAGCGGGCAGUAUGAGUGCAGUUUUGCUACUUACCCUUAUGGGACAAAGGCUGCAAAAAUCCAGCUUAUUGUCAAGGCAGAAGAGGAGCAGCACGACGUGAAGGAAGUGUGGUUAAACCAGACUUUAGAAAUUCCAUGCCUUGGGGACACGGCCUCAGAAAGUUUGUCCCAUUAUCCUUUGAAAUGGCUGGUGGAGCAAAAUGACACGAAAGAGGAACUUGUAACCAAGGAGCCCUCCUGUGCUGCAGUGUACAGGAACAGCAGCAUGCUCUGUGGGCAGAGAUUCCACCUGGGUUUGAAUAAUGCUCUAAAGAUUUUCCCCAUCAGAAUCACAGACGAUGGCAAGGUGUUCUCCUGCCAUGUGGUGUCCCAUCCGGAGAGAGUCCAGAAGAGCAGCACCACUGUGAGAGUAUUCGCCUACCCCGAGAUCUCUGUUGGCCUGCAGGAGGGUGCUGCUGGCACUUCAGACAAGCCUAACGUGACCUGCAUCAUGAGGAAGGUAUUUCCCAAGCCAAGCCUUGUGUGGUACGUGGACAGAGAGAGCUUGACGGAGCAGCCUGGAGGAAUUUCCAUUGAGCAAGAAGACUCGCAAGACAGUGAAGGUUUCUAUCAGCUGAGAUCAACGCUGGUGUUUCAAGGGACCCACCAGACAUCUAAGACGUUCUUGUGUGCGUGCCUGUUUUCCUUCCUUGGGAAUGGAACAUGGAAUAUUUCAUCAAAAGAAAUAUUUGUUUCCUUCGACAAUAAGCCUAAUGAAGCCUCAUCCAAAGCUUUCCCCACCAUGGCUUCAGAAGAGCACCCGUUGACAUCUUUGGCCUCCCCGGAUUUCAGAAGUCAAGCAAACUUGCCUCCUGCUUCCAUGACACAAGGAGCACUGAUUCCUACAGCAGAAACAAAAACCCAUACCAGCUCCACAGCAUUUAAUGAGAGAUUGACAACAGCAUAUCUGAAUGAUUCCAUCACCGAAUCCCCUCAAAGCCUCAGGAAUGCCACGCGCUUCUCCAAGAACACAACCCCGGUGUAUCGUGACCUGUCCUUCAGCAUCACCCAUCAGCCAAUUUCAGUUACCAGAGGGGAAGAUUUCUUUACGGCCAGCAGUUCUCUCAAUACUACUGGUGGUGUGAUGAACAUGAAAGCCAGUCACUUCCCCUGGCCAACAGUGGUAGCUGUCCUGCUCCUCUCCUGCAGCUUUCUGAUAGCUUUGGGCAUCAGGAAAUGGUGUCAGUACCAAAAAGAGAUAAUGGACAGACCUCCGUCUUUCAAGCCACCGCCGCCUCCCAUAAAGUAUGCCUGCAUGAUGGAAUCUGAUGGGACCCCCCCGUCCUGCCACGAGCUGGAAAGCCUGUAGCAUCGCCCACAGAAGGCCGACACAAUUAAAAGGCUUUGUCUUUAAAACAGUUUGGUGUUAAUGACCCAUAUUAAGAUGCAGAGCACCUAAAUGACAUCGGUGCUGGAAGCUGAGCGCUCCCGAGGACGCUUAUUUCAUCCCGUCUAUCUCUAUGCAUGCAUUACAUUAACACCGUUGUGAGUGUCACCCUGAGAUUACAUGUGCUUCAUUUGAGCUGCGGGAUCAAGGGGGAAUUUGCUGUCUUGUUAAUGGGAACAGAUUAACACAUCACUCCACCCGCCUUUUGUUUUGCUAAGUGUAUAGAGAUGACAGCUCUGCCAUAUGGGCACCACGAUUACAGGGGAAACGGUGGUUUAACACAAGGGUUUUGAUACCUACGGGAGCCGUUCUUACAAUUAUUACAUGUUUUGCUGUGCAAAUAUUGACAAAUAUGAACCAACAUGGGAUUUGGUAUCGCUGUGAAACCAAACCAAACGGAAUCAGCACCUUACACAGAAAGAAAGAGCCUGCAUCUCUUAUCAUGGGGUUGCAGCACAGGAUGGUGCAGAGGGAAAGGCCACGGUGCAGGCCUGGUGGGACUGCUUGCGAAGAUGAACCAGUUGUUGUUGAUGUUGCAAGAAAGAUCAACUUUGGACCCGUGGAGCAGAGUCUUGAGGACUGAAAUGAAUAAGGACCCUAAAGAUAAUGGGAAAUGCUGGUCCUUUUGGAAGUGCUGUGCCUUUGAAACAAUUAUCACUCUUGAGUCUGC